AUGGAAGGUAGGAUUGAAAUGCUCUUUUCCAUGGUUCUAGUUAUUGCCACUAUUCUUAUGAGGCCGGGGCUAGCCAUUCCUGGCUCCCCCAUUGAUAUCACAAAGUGCUGGUCAUCACUUACCAGCAUUCAAGGUUGUGUAAUCGAAAUCUACAAAUCUGCUGUAACGGGUAAGUUUGAAAACGUUGGGCCAGCUUGCUGCAAGGCUUUUACGGAUGUUGAUGCAAAAUGUUGGCCCAAAAUGUUCCCUUUGAAUCCAUUGUUCCCACCUCUUCUCAAGGAUGGUUGUUCUCGCAUCAGCGCAACUGCACCAUCACACACAACACCUCAGUUCCCUAUCAUUCCUGGUUCUGCAGUCGAUCUCACAAAGUGUUUGUCAUCACUCGUCAGCGUUGAAGGUUGCGUAACUGAAAUCCAAAAAUCACUUUUCACAGGGAAGUUUGAUAAUGUUGGAGCUAUGUGUUGCAAAGCUUUCUUGGCUAUAGAUGCCAAAUGUUGGCCACAAAUGUUUCCGCUAAAUCCCUUCUUCCCUCCUCUUCUCAAAGAUGGAUGUUCUCGCAUCGCAAUCGCUUCCACACUCAAAUGA